AAAGUCUUGGGGUACUUUCAGUUUAGUCUUUGAACGCAAAAGCAAUCUCAUAACAAACAAAAAUGUUUAUCAGCAGCGUUGUUGUCGUGGGAUUCAUUGGUGUCGUAUUCAAAGUAUCCAUGGCUUUGGAUGCGAAAAGAUGCGUUUUUCCAAAGGGAGUGUUGAAUGGACAAUGUGUAGAGUGUCCAGUGGAUACACUAUAUGAGCAUGUAGAAUCUUAUUUUUAUCAUGCUAAUAAUUUGGAUGAUUGGUAUGCAAAGAAAAUUAUUCGAAAAGACCAAAGUUAUCACAAAUGUGUCGAAGCAUGUUCUUCAAAAUAUCCUAUUGUUGGUCCAGAUAGAGUGUGUGUUUCGAGUUGUUCGGGGAAAGAAAUGGUGAUCGGAGACAGAAAAUUCUGUAAAGAUGAGAACAUUAAUAAUGGAUUUUGUAUGAGAAACGAAUGCCUGAAACACAAAUUUAAAUGCUUUUACAUGGAGUGUUUUAGAAGAUGCCCUGCCUUUACAGUCAUUUACAAUUAUAGUUGUGUGGUUGAGUGUUUUGAAGAAAAACCGUACAUAUUUAACGGGGAGUGUGUUAAUCAAUGUCCCGAAAAAUAUGUUUUAGACGAUAAAAUGUGUCAGAAAACUUGUUCAAGCGGUCGAAUUCUUUUCAAUACAACAUGUGUUGAUAAGUGUCCCAAAAGUAAGGAGUAUGUCGAUGAACAACAAUGUGUUUCAGAAUGCCCACUCCAAAAGUUGUAUCAGGAUAAAAUGUGCGUAGAGAACUGUUCAGAAGUGUUUGUUCUGGAUGGAAGGAUAUGCAGGACAAAAUGUCCAUCAGAUUUCUUUGAACAUAAUAAAAUAUGUGUUGACAUCUGUCCAAACCAUACAUUUGUAGAGAAUAAAAAAUGUGUCGAUAUCUGCUCCAGUGGAUUUUAUAAAUAUAAAUCACAUUGUGUAGAUACUUGUCCUCCUGACAAUUUCAUCGAUGAGUCAAAUAAUGUAUGUGUCAAAAACUGCAAUGGAUCUAAAUAUCACCUGAAGAAAAAUAUUUUUUGCCUGGACAAAUGCCCCGAAAACAUGGCCGAAGUCAAUUUAACAUGCGUAAAUCAGUGUCCCCAAAAUCGACCAUUUUUUCACCAGGGGUCAUGUCUUGCAGAUUGUCCGGUUUCGGCCAAGAAUUUUGAAAAGAAAAGAGAACCCGGCAACAAAUCAACAUAUACGUGUGUAAACAAAUGCAAAAAAUACACAUCUUCCAUGAGCAACAUGUGUGUCGAUGCCUGUUCUUCGGAGCAAGUUUUGUUUCAAGAGGUUUGUCAAGAACAAUGUCCAGCUUCAGAUCCUUACAAAGUACAUCUGCCCGCAAAUCUUCAAGAAGAACCCACUUUUAUGUCGAUCAAAAAUCUCAAAAGACCAAUAAACGCUUUUGUGAUAUGUGAGAAAGCUUGUCCAUCAAAUUUUGUUCGUGACAAUGAAGAUUGCUAUGUUGAAUGUCCGAAUGACAAAAAAAGUAUGAUUUAUAAUAUGACUUGUUUUCAGCAUUGUCCUGACGAAUACCCAUUUGUAAUCAAAGAAAACAGUAGAAGUAUUUGCACAAAUAGUUGUAAAAAAUUGCGUUUUCGACAGGAAUGCCUAGAUAAGUGCCCACACUCUCAUUCGUCGAUACAUAGAGGGGAAUGUGUACAGUGUAAUCAAAUCGGAAUGUAUGAAGAAAACCAUCACUGUGUAAAUAGCUGUAAAGUCGUUCAGUUUGAAAAAAGAUGCUACGAUACAUGUCCUUCAGCAGCUAAAUUUGUUUACAACGGCUCUUGUGUUCGAACAUGUCCUUCAAACGCUAACAAAGUAGAUAGACGGAGAUACGAUAGAUAUACCAUAUUUGUUUGCAUUGAUUCUUGUCCUACGGAUAAAUAUAUUUUUGGGAACAAAUGCGUAUCUAGUUGUCCUAAUCCUAAUACUGCAAUAUACAAAAACGAAUGCGUACAGUGCAGCAAACUAGGGAUGUAUACAGACAACCAGCAUUGUGUAAACAGCUGCAACGUUGUUCAGUAUGAAAAUCAUUGCUACAAUUCUUGUCCUCAAACUUAUAAAUUUAUGUACAAUGGAACAUGUCUUCAUUCCUGUCCUUCAAAUGCUAAGAAGGUAGAUGAACAGCAUCACGAGCCAAACAACUUCUUUGUUUGUAUGGAAACGUGUCCUUCUGAAAAAUACACCUUUGAAAACAACUGUGUAUCCAGCUGCCCUGACAGAAAACGACUCCCAGUUAAUGGUGAAUGUAUGGCAUGCCAUGAAGUCGGAAAAUAUGACGACGGAUCAAAGUGUGUUGAUAUGUGUCCUAAUCUACACUAUGAGUAUCGCUGUGUUGAUUAUUGUCCUACAUAUCCUACAUAUUUCAAAAUAUUCAACAAAACCUGUGUUCGCAAUUGUCCUAAAACAGCACCUCUAAGCAGUUUUAUCUAUAAUUAUAUUGCAAAGAGAAAUGACUAUAGAUGUCUUAAAAAUUGUCCGAUAGGUACAUACUUAAAAGAAAACAAAUGCGUGAAGUGGUGUGAAACUGGUUAUCUUAUUUUAAACAAAUUAUGUGUGAAAAAAUGUCCCGUAGACGCUCCAUAUAUUUCAAGUGAUUACGUUCAAAAUACAUAUAAUAGAGAGUGCUUAAAAUUCUGUAAGGAGUCCGAUUAUUUACUUAACUUUACCUGUAUGGAAAAAUGCCCAAAAGGAUUCUUCGGUCAUGAUAAACAGUGCCUUCAGAAAUGCCCAAUUGAUUUUCCUUAUAUCAGCCAAGAUUAUGUUUGUGUCAAGAGGUGUAAUACUCUUCGACGAGGUAUGAAUUGCUUCGACAAGUGUCCACGUAAAACAUUUCAAUAUAAUCAAACAUGUGUGCAAAAUUGUCCUUUGAGUAAACCAUAUAACUUAAAAGGUAACUGUGUAGAUAUUUGUCCACACUUCUUGAUGAAGAAAACAUGUUAUAAACAGUGUCCUUCUGGACUAGUUGGAUAUCAAAAGAAGUGUCUUCUACAGUGUCCAUUUAAAGCUAGAUAUAAAUACAAAUGGGAGUGUAUUCCACAGUGCCCAAAAAAUGCAUUAUUAGGUUUCAUCAGAUAUACAUGUUUUGAUACGUGUCCGCAGGGUGAAUUCAAAUAUUCUCAAAAGUGCGUAGAACUAUGCCCAAAGGAUGCACCAUAUGAUUUCAAUGGAGAAUGUGUGAAAUAUUGUGCAGGUUAUUUGGACGGUCUUAGUUGUUAUAAGCAAUGCCCAGAUAAAAUGUUUGCGUUCACAGGAAAGUGCAUUCCAAAAUGCCCCGAAGAAGCCCCCUUUAUAAACAUAAAAAACUGUGUAAGAACUUGUCCUUAUGUCCACGAUAGUCAAUUAAACUGCAUGAAAGAUUGCCCAGAACAAACAUAUCCUCAUGGGAAGCAAUGUAAAGCUGGCUGUCCACCAGACCGACCUUUUUCAGGACCUGUUUUUGAUCCAAAAUGCGUGGAUAAGUGUGAUAAUUAUGAGCUCGCCUCAGAGACCAACAAGUGCAUUUCACGUUCAAGCUGUUCCGCCUUUAUAUAUGGCAUGCGGUGUUUAUCGAAAUGUCCAUCUCACACCUAUUUACUAUAUUCCAAAGACGAAAAAAUUUGUAAAUCGUUAAUAUCCGUUUAUUUUAUGAUGUGCGUCUUAUCUUUCAUUGUGGUUAUAGCCGUUGCCUUUGUGAUAAGAGUUGUUUACCAUUGCUGCAAAAUGCUAGGGGACGAAAAACAGCAAAUUGUAAGCUCUGAAGAGUUGAACUGUGAUGAUGAGCCUACUUUAUUAGAAAUAAUAGAAUUUUCUCUAGUGUUUAUAUUUAGUCGGCAAUGAAAAAGAAAUAUAAAUUAACGGUGUCUCCACUGUGUGUUAAAAAUGAUUUUACAUUUUAAUUCAUUACACAAUGUUAAUAUUUUUGGUGGGAUUUUAUUAUUAGGAUUCUACAUUGCCUUAUAGUCGAUAAGAAUAUAAUAAAGAAGCGCAUUUCUCUUCUUAUGACCUAAUUUUUUUUUCUAGAGUAGAAAAAAAGACGAAAAUAUUUGGUCAACAGACUUUUAAACGAUAUGUAUAUAUUCAUUCUUUACGUAUUCCUUGAUAUAUUUUUAUGUAUAUUUGCGCUACGUUUUGAAAAAUUUACUCAUGUAAUAAAAGAAAACUUCUGAUUUUGUUUUAAUAAUCUGAGUCAAAGGUCAAAAGCA